GAAUACUCUAUAAGGUCAACAAUAAAACCGGGAACUUCAAAUCUGUUAAACGAUAAAGACGGUGGAACCUAUGGUGACAUUGAUGACGAUAACGACAGUGAUGUUGUUAGAGAUCAAGAAGAAAACCACCUAACCGACUUAGAAAGUAGUGAUGGAAGUAUCUCGAUACAAACUCUGAGGGAACGUGCCUUAAAAACGAGGCAUAAGAAUCUGGCAGGGUCACCUAUAAUUAACCGAAAUGCUGAUGAACUAGCCACAAUGUAUAAAACUAACGACCGAACAA